AUGAUGAAUAAUGCAAGCGAUUUCUACUGGGAACUGUCGCAACUGAUUAGGCUGAGCAAUCUUAGCUACUACAAUGUUUCCGGUGUGGACACGGUGACGUCCCCGGCGGAUGUGGCCAACUGUUGCACCACCGAGCCCGAUUUCUCCGAGUAUCUGGAGGCACUGCCGAACGACAAGGCCGGGCUGUUGGGGUUUUUGUUCCUUUUCUCUUUUGCCACCGUUUUCGGCAACUCGCUAGUAAUUUUGGCGGUUAUCCGGGAACGGUACCUGCACACGGCCACCAACUACUUCGUGACCAGUUUGGCUGUGGCCGAUUGCCUCGUAGGGUUGGUGGUGAUGCCCUUUUCCGCCCUCUACGAGAUUCUGCACAACACCUGGUUCUUCGGCGAGGACUGGUGCGACAUCUGGCGAUCGCUAGAUGUGCUCUUCAGUACGGCUUCCAUCCUAAACCUCUGUGUGAUAUCCCUAGACCGAUACUGGGCCAUCACCGACCCCUUCUCAUAUCCGAUGAAAAUGACCCGGAGGAAAGCUGCCGCCCUCAUUGCCGCCGUCUGGAUCUGCUCAAGUGCGAUCAGUUUUCCGGCAAUCCUCUGGUGGCGAUCCGUCCGAGAAGAAGACAUGCCAGCCUACAAGUGCCCAUUCACCGAAAACAUGGGCUAUCUGGUGUUCUCCUCUACCAUUUCCUUCUAUCUGCCACUCCUCGUAAUGGUGUUCACCUACUGUCGAAUCUACCGGGCAGCGGCCAUCCAAACCCGAUCACUCCGUCUCGGUACAAAACAAGUGCUCAUGGCUUCCGGCGAACUCCAACUCACCCUCCGGAUACACCGGGGAGGAACAACCAGGGAAAGGCCAAAUCACCCCAGAGAACAUCAUCCUUCCCAGGACCACCAAAAUCAGCAGCACACAGCAAACUCUACCCCGGAAGAACCGGACGAAGAACCGCUUUCAGCUCUCCAAAACAACGGUUUGGGAGCCCGGCAUCGGACGCAUAUGGGUGGAAAAAAUUUCUCGCUGUCUCGAAAGCUAGCCAAAUUUGCCAAGGAGAAGAAAGCGGCCAAAACGUUGGGCAUAGUGAUGGGAGUGUUCAUAGUGUGUUGGUUGCCGUUCUUUGUGUUUAAUCUGCUGUCCGGGUUCUGUCCCGCGUGCAUUGCCCACGAGGAGAUCGUUUCUGCAGUGGUCACCUGGCUCGGGUGGAUCAACUCCAGCAUGAACCCGGUGAUCUACGCCUGCUGGAGCAGGGACUUUCGAAGGGCCUUCGUGAGGAUAUUGUGUGUUUGCUGUCCCCGGAAGAUCCGCCGGAAGUACCAGCCGACGAUGCGCUCGAAAGCGUCUCAGUGCCACAUGGCUGCAAUUGUAGCAGCGUCAUCAUCUAACAGUAGUCUCUUCGAGGGUAGCCAUCAUCGUCGCAGCAACAGCAACAAUAGCUGCAACAACAACCAUCGUCAAUCAUCGUCAUCGUCAUCGUUCGGGCAGCACUAUCACAAUCAUCAUCACCAUUACUGCAACUGUCACUUCUAUCAUCGGCGGUUGACGCGAGCGACUGGCGGCAUCAAUCGGACCGGAAGUGGCGGAAGUGCUGCCAGCAGCUGUACCAACAAUAAUGGAAGCCGCCGGGGAAGCAAUCGGCAGCAUCGGUCCUCGGCCUCCGAGUGUUGUAGCGGCGGGAAGGCAGGAAGUAGUGGGAACAAUAACAACCAGAACAAUAACGGCACCGGCAAUAACAAUGUCGUCGUCGGUCACCACCGAAGCACCGGAAUAUCAUCGGAAGGUCGGCAGGCUUCGGGCGGAAGUGGGAAGCGAUGUACCUUCGCGCCUACGACAACAACCAUCCCGUCAUCCUCGAGUGGUGGCCACCACAAUAAUGGCGGCGGCGCCGGAACGAGUCGUCGGCUUGGGUCCGGAAGAAAGCAUCAACAAACACUGAUGAAACCACUUCCGCCUCCACCAAGCUGUAUUACCCCGACCCUAAUCGUCAGCCGAAGUGAUCCACCUUUGGCGACGACCAAAUCGACCAGGACCACGACCCUGACGUCGGCGUCGUCGUUGUCCGGAACCGGGGCCGGAGCCGGGGUACAAUUUGAUGACAAUCUACACAUUCCAACGGGGGCAGCACACAGUCCAAGCUCGGACAGUAGCACCUCCUCGCUGGGAACGUUGGAGUAGGAGGCUGAUGAAUCUAUCGGCAAAGGAACGCGCUCGUACACCUGCCAAGACGUACGUACCAGGUUCAGUGUUGAAAUCUCGUAACCUGAA